ACAGAGGAAGAACUCUGCCGUGUUUGUGUCGAACCGCGGAGUAAAACCUGCGCGCUCCUGUUCCUAAAAACCUACAGAAGACCUUCGUGCUUUAAAAAAUACAAAUAAAAAAUACACCGCGACAUCUUGUUAAAACGCGUUUCUCUGCUUUCUUUUCCUUUAAUAGCUGAUUUACAUCAACUCGCUCGUAGCUAACGUGCUAACUCGGUACUUGCUAGCUGCUUCCGUCGCAUAGUGACUCACGGCACGGUUUGAUGACGUAACGUUCGAGCUAAUGGAAAUGUUUAUGGAAAAGCUGGUACUGAUUGCUAACUUGUUUCGGAGUUGGUAGUUUGUCAGGGAGCUUUACUGGAAUGUCCUGAGAUACAAAACACCAAAGCAAAGCGGCAAUUUGGUCGCGGUUUGAGCGGUGAGGUCGACGUCAUCAGCCCGCGACGAGAUUUUCGCAGUCAAAUCCGAAGUCAGAAGUGGCCUUCUGCGGUUUUAUUGUGGGGGACAAAAAGGGGGUCGAGAGAGAGAGAGAGAGCUUCUGGUGAACUGGUGUAUAAUAAACAGGUUUUGUUUACUGUUUAUGACAGGACUGUGUGUUAGAGUAACUGACGCCUGUGCCACUCAGUGAGUGAUUCAUCGCGCGCCUGAAUAACUGAAUGGGUUGAUAUCGAUGUGUGUUGCAUCGCGGUAACAUUUUAAAAUAUUAUUAAUAAUAAUAACAACAACAAUAACAGCGAAACCGAUCUCGAGUAAACAAUCGGAUUGACCGGAUAUCGCGAUGAACUCGAAGCGAAACAAUGCGGGAGAAAAUGGAGGAGGAGGACGCAUGAACCCGGGGAGCGAAACGCACCGGAAACCGAGCAUCGCGAGCGCUCCCGGUAAAGCUGGAGCGCGAGCGGACAGGGGCGAUCACGCGCACGACAGCAGGAGCACCGUGACCGUGUCCUCACUCCGGUCCCGUCUCGGUCCCACCAUCAGGUCUGCUCUGUCCUCCGCUGUGGAGACGCUGCUGGGGGAGAUUGCAGCGGUGAUGUCAGAAACCGAGGACGAGUUGCUGUCCAAGGAGCGCGAGAAUGAGAGGCUGAAGGCACGACUGGACACUUCAGAGCGCGAGCUGAAGACGCUGCAGGAGUGCUUGUGCAGCGCUCAGAAACUGAUCGAUCAGCUGCAGGGUCCAUUCAGCACCCACCCUCUUCCUCCACCCAUUCCCGGGCAGCAUGGCUACACCAACCAGGCGCCGCCCACAAAUGCGGCUCGCCUGAGUCACCGCGGGGCAGGAGACGAUGCCGACCCACGCUGCUUCGCCAACAGUGAGGCGGAGCUGAGUGGAGCGCUCGGAGAUGCCAUCCACGGCUUUGAGGCCAGAGACGAGUUUAAAAGCUGCCACCUGUCCAUCCAGGCAGACGGCACCGUCACCAACAGCUACUAUGACCCCAUGGCCGUGCACACCGCCGGCAUGUGCCAUGACGUCAACAGGGCAGGUGAGAUGAGUGACCGGCGACUGUCUCAUCCUCCCUCACACUCUCCUUACGGGGUGAAAGAAGAGCAGGCUCCCACAUCAGGGCCGGUGCGUGUCCGAGGCGACGCUGAACAUGGUGGCCAGAGUGAGUGUGACCAGGGUUUUGUCCAUGUGGUGGAAGAGCAGAGUGUUCCACGUUCCCGGAGACACACCACUAAACACGCGUCCUCUUCCGGCUCGCAUAACGGCCCUUCUUCGUCCUCCGCUGGAACACCUCCGCAGGGGCCGUCGGGUCUCCGCACCUCCUCUCGAGCCAUGUCCGCAGCAGCCUCUAGGCAGAGCCCUGGCACAAGUGACUCCUCCCCUGAUGCCCGCCGGCGUCGACGCCCACCUUCUGAGCUGAUGGGUGAGGUAGCCGGUGAGCGACCACACCUCUGCCUGGAGUGUGGCAAGACAUUCCGGCUGCUCUCGAGCCUGAAGAAGCACCUGCGCAUCCACACGGGAGAGAAACCGUACCCGUGCAGCGUGUGCGGGCGACGAUUCCGUGAAUCCGGCGCGCUCAAGACGCAUCUGCGCAUCCACACAGGUGAGAAGCCAUAUGCGUGCAGCGAGUGUGGUGCGCGUUUCCGCCACCUGGAUGGCCUGCGCAAGCACGGACGCACGCACACAGGCGAGAAGCCGUACGCCUGCGCGGUGUGCGGGAAGCGCCUCAGCCGCCUGCAACACCUCAAGCACCAUCAGCGCAUCCACACAGGCGAGCGACCAUGCCGAUGCCCUCUGUGCCAGCGCUCGUUCCAGGACGCCGCUAGUCUCAGGAAGCACCUGAUUAGCGUGCACCAGGGAGAACCAGGCGCUGAGGAAGCCCACGAGAGGCUGGCGACCACCGAGAUUGGAGAGCACGAACUUCAGGGCUCUGUAGAGGACGAGGAGAUGAGGUUCGAGAUGUGGGAGGAGGAGCGCGAAGAAGGCGACGCUGCUGUAGACUGCGUGUAGGAUUGCUGAGAAAAUUACCCAAGAUACUGAUGGUGGCGAAAGUUUUCAAAAUGUAAAAUUCAAAUUUUGGGUUUGUUGAUUCUUGCGUCAUUGACACAUUGAGCUGUGAAAAAUUAACAUCUGCCAAGUUGGAGAAAUCCAUUCUAGCCCUAAUUAAAAAUUCCCAGUUUUCCAGAGCGUCUGUGCAGAGCUACGUUUGUAUCGAAUCCUGAUGAGGAACCAAAAUCCCAAGAGCCGCUGAUGACCGAAAGCUUGAACGUGGACAAAAGGACUAAUGCUCUUGGGGAUUGGCUUGUUGUGACAUGGAUGUCACGUCGUCAGAAUGUAUUUCUGGGGUCAGUAUUCCCACAAACGAUCUUCUUGCUUCUCUGGAUGCUCUGGGUCACGUUCCUGAUUCUCCGUUGUCGUUAGUAAUAAUGUAGUAUAGGUACUGUGGGGAGUAGAACCAUGACCAUCGUGGAUAUCGUUAGGAGUUCUCUCUCUUUCUCUUAUGCGCACGUGCACACGCGUUUCACCCACAAGCAUAAAUCAGCUGGGGAAAAAUUAAAGUGUGCUUUUAAAAAAAAAAAAGGAAAAAAAAAAAGGGAGAAAUCACUUUGGCAAUAAAUAUUUAACUUCCCACAAUAUUAUAUUUAAAGGUUCGGUUUGCAAUUUAAAAUUUGUAAUAUUUUUCGAUACCUUUCAGAAACUGAUUUUGCUCAUGGCAACUUUCUUUGUUUCAGUUCCUUUACAUGUACAUUUUUCUGUCCCUGAAAUGACCUGUUUAGCUUGGCUUUUAUUUCUUUUUUUUGUCCACAAAACAAAGCGUUCAUAAUUUUGACAAAGGAGAUGAAGCCAGUGAUCCAGAAACGGAUAAAGCAUGUCAGGGGAGGGCUAUAUUUGUAACCAUAAAAAUGACACACUGCUGCUUUAAAAGGGAAAAAUGAUAACAUUACUAAAUAUUCACUGGUUGGAGAAACAGCUGAUGAUUAAUCAAUAGUAGCCAAUAGUCAUUUAUAACACGUUAAUUUGGGAUCAGUUUACCGCAAAAAAGUUACAUUGACACAAUUAUUUUUAAACUAAUUUACAUUGUGUGGUCAAGCGAAGACAUGUUGAAGAUCGUGAUUGGCUCCAGCGCGAAAGUAAAAGAGCCAAAGUCAGGCUUCGGACACGCCUCUUGGCUGACUGGCUGCUUUUCUGGCCGUCGAAGCUGUUUAUUCUGAAAUGGAGCUACAGUAAAUAAAAUCCUUCGAGAGAAGGAAUGGAAAAGAGAUGCGUGGUGCUGCCCUCUUGUGGUCAGGCUGAUGAACUGCAGGUUGGAGAUUUAUAAAGAAGAAGCGACCUUGUUUGUUUGUAAAUUUUUAUUUCAACAUUUUUAAACCUUUACCUCCUUGCUUACUGAUCUUUCUGUUUCUGUACAGUUUAUAAAAUGAACAGGAAAAUCAAACCUUUUAGAAAUGCCCUCUUCUGGUCAAAAUGAGGAACUGCAUGAUCAAGUUUUUUCACACAGGCAUUAGUUUUAUUUUUUGUUUGGGAUUUUUUUUGUAUGUUUCCUGUUUACCCAGUUACCUUUACGCUUGUUGAUUUUUAUUUCUACUGUGCAUUGAAUAAGUAAAUACAGUAUAAAAAAGAACAGGGACAUCAUAAUGUUUAGAAAUGCCCUGCCCCCUUCUGGUCAAAUCCAGGAACUACAUUUUGAAUGUUUAUAAAACAAGCGACUUUCUUUUUUCCUUUGUUUACCUUCAUUCUUAUUAACAUUUCUAUUGUGUAUUGCUGAAAUAUAGUAUAAACAGAAGAGGGAUGUCGAAACUUUUAGAAACGCUCCGCCCCCUUAUGGUCAAACUGAGGAACUGCAGGACGGAUGUUUACUUUUUGUUGUUGUUGUUUCGUUUAUUUUAUUUUAUUUUUUUUUUUUUAAGCCGGACUGCUUUGUGUUUUAGCCCCUCACCUGCAGUCCUUUAGACAUUUGUGAAUAUAGCGUAUAAAACCAUUUUCAGAAUAGCAUUUUUUUUUUUUGUUCUCCAUUCCCACUUUUGUUGCAUGUUUGACUUUUUAUGGAUAUUAUAACAUAUCACAUGAGUUUGUAAACCUUUUUGGACUUUGUUUGUAUUUACAGCCUUUUCUUUUUUUGUCUAGUGUAUAAAUAGCUCUGUAGUAGAUACUCUAAAACUAAUACCACCGUAAGGUGUGUUUUAUUAACACUUCCACAUGUAAAUAACCUUUUAGAUAUAAUCUCAUUUUAGUGUUUGAGUAAAUGUGAGUCAAUAAAAGUUUGGUAAAUGUUCCGUAAACUGAGCAAAUUAGUUUUACUGUUACUGUUUGAGAUGCAUCACUUUUUUUCUUCCAGUAAAACCAAGCAUGCGUUUUGUAAACCUGAAGCAAUGUUUCCCCUCAUAAAAAUGCCUGUUAAAUGUCUUUAGCCUUCCUUUUUUUUCACAUACAUGUUCAUGUGCUCCACUGUGAUGUAAAUAUGUGUGCGUGCACGCACACAGUAUGACAAUUUACUGUGUGUUAAGUCUUUUUUUUUUUUUUUCCUCCUCAACUCUGACCACAGCCAUCCUACACAAUGAGGAAAGACUCGACACACCCAUCACACACUCUGAGUGAGAGUGACACACAUGCGCUCGCACACGUUUGUAUGUGAGUGAUUCUGACAGCGAGACAGUUUCUGACUCACUGGAUUUCAGAAACCUCAACCCCACGCGUCUGAUUUUCAACAAACCAGAUUGAGAGUAAAGGCGCCCCCUGUGGGCAAAAAUGUACCACAAACCACACGGAGAGUCUCGGGUAGGCGUCCCUGACGUAAGAGAGAAAUUCUUGUCCCUUUUUUAAAAAAAAAUUUAUUUUAAAUCUAAGACCAUAGGUUGUUAUGACGACAUUCCUGUCCUUGAGCCCAUACACUGAUGUCUCAUCUCAUUAUCUCUAGCCGCUUUAUCCUGUUCUACAGGGUCGCAGGCAAGCUGGAGCCUAUCCCAGCUGACUACGGGUGAAAGGCGGGGUUCACCCUGGACAAGUCGCCAGGUCAUCACAGGGCUGACACAUAGACACAGACAACCAUUCACACUCACAUUCACACCUCCGGUCAAAUUAGAGUCACCAGUUAACCUAACCUGCAUGUCUUUGGACUGUGGGGGAAACCGGAGCACCCGGAGGAAACCCACGCGGACACGGGGAGAACAUGCAAACUCCACACAGAAAGGCCCUCGCCGGCCACGGGGCUCGAACCCGGACCUUCUUGCUGUGAGGCGACAGCGCUAACCACUACACCACCGUGCUGCCCAUACACUGAUGUAAAAUAGAAAAUAUUUAAGAAUAUCUUGAUUUGUAUCAGUGGGGAUAAUUAACAGUUAUUCUACAAAAUAGCGUUGUACAUGAGCUGAUAGCAGACGAGGCGCGUAGUACCGACUUGUCUAUAAUCCAUGUAUUGGAUUGAGUGGAAUAACUGUUUUAUUCUAUCCACAUUCACUGGGUUUUGAGAAACAGCAUUUUUAUUUGUUUUUUGCAAACUCGAUAAAUUAAAAAGUUUAUACAAAACGUCAGAUGAAAUAAUUUUCGC